AUGCUCACGGAAGAAUAUCUAGAGAAACCUUCACCCCAGUCAACCUUCACCCCAGUCAACUUUCACCCCAGUCAACCUUCACCCCAGUCAACCUUUACCCCAGUCAACCUUCACCCCAGUCAACCUUCACCCCAGUCAACCUUCACCCCAGUCAACCUUCACCCCAGUCAACCUUCACCCCAGUCAACCUUCACCCCAGUCAACCUUCACCCCAGUCAACCUUCACCCCAGUCAACCUUCACCCCAGUCAACCUUUACCCCAGUCAACCUUCACCCCAGUCAACCUUCACCCCAGUUAGCUUUUUUAUACAUCCCAUCCAGUCCUCAUAUUUCUAUUCUUGCCCUCCACCAAGCCCGCCCUGUGUACUCACCUUAUUCCAGAGGAAACCUGUCAAAACAAAUGAAAGAAAAGAAAAAAAUCAGAAGCCAUUUUGUCGCCGUCAGCGCCAUGUAUGGCUUAAUUAA